GACGGUUCUUCAAAUGUUCCAAUAUCGCCACUUAUUCAUUCUAAUCCUGCUAUCAAGUAAAAGUGUUAAAAAUGCAGUCGAUUGGUUAUUUUUGUCUUGCCAUUUGCGCAUUCGUAUUAGUACAGGCUGUACAAUACAAGAAGAAAACAUACGGUGGAUAUGGCCGUAGAGCUGGAUACGCUGGGGGUAAUGGAUAUGCAGGUGGUAAUGGAUAUGCUGGCGGAAAUGGAUAUGCUGGUGGAAAUGAAUAUGAUGCCCUAACUGGAUAUAAUGGUGGUAGUAACGGAUAUAAUGGUGGUGACUAUGUUGACUUUGCCCAACCUGAAAGCCAAAAUGGUUAUGGAAACGAAAAUGGUUAUGCUGGAAAUGGAUACGGUGCAAGAAAAUCAUACGGAAAGCCUUCAUACGGCGAAGAACGCAAAUCAUACGGCAAAGAGCGCAAAGGUGGCUACUAAGGAUCCUAUCAACAACAUGCAACUGAAAUUCCGACAACUCAUAUGUGUUAAUAUAUUGAUUCGAAC